AUAAGUAAUAAUUGUUUAUCUUUGGCAAGAAAUCAAUAGAAAGUUUCUCAAAGUCAAUUGAUGGAUAUCAAGGUACAACCGUUUGAUUUAUCAGCGUAAUUUUAUCUAAGCCAUGUGAUGGGUCAUUUUAUCACCGAAAAUCAAUCACUGAUCCUUAUGAAUUAGUCUUGGAUUAACAAAAUGAUCCGACCAAACUUGAACCAUCUCGAAUCGAUACUCGAUAGACUAAAUUGUAAAGGAUUUUUAUCAUUUCUCACAAGUCACUCACUCGAUAAUCUGCUCUUCAUAAUGAUCAUCGUCUUUUUUUGUUAUCAUUAUCAGAAUUGUGAUUUAACUUCAAAGAGAUAAAGAUUUUGAUAAUUACCAGCAUCUGCGUAAUCGCAGCAAUUAAAUUGUCAAUAGUGAACAUUAUAUUUUCUUUCAAAAUCUAAUAACUUGAUUUUCUCUUUGAUUUAAGUCAAAAAAAGUUCUGUAAAUUAUGAUUAUCUUAUUGUUUAUCCACUGAAACAGAUCAAAUCCGAUAAAUUAUCAGGUAGUUGUAAUGUUAGUAUAAAAGGUUUGAUGAAACGAAACUUUAACCAGUUGAAUUUAAUUAUUAUUUUGAUUCUGUGAAACUUCACAAACACAACACAAUCAACCAUGAAUUUGACUGAGUAUCUUAAACUUUAUAAAAUUCAUCUGAUCAAAACGAGUCUCUGUUUCUUAACCUUCAUGAGUCUCGGUGGAUGCAGCACUUUGCUUGGUUCAUCUUUACUUGAUAUUCAGAUUCGUGUUCGAGAACCUUAUGAAAAGGUUACUGGCCUUAUUCCAAGUCGAGCGAUCGGUUACAUGAUCGGCGGAGUAAUUGCUGCUCUUAUCGAAACUAAGCUCGAACCUAAUUUGGUUCUAUUCUGUGCUAAUUCAACUGGGGCCAUUUUCAUCGGUUUGGCUCCUUGGUUUUUUUCGUAUUGGCCGAUAUACUCUUGUUUUUUCAUCUCUGGAAUCGCACAAGGAGUUCUCGAUAUAUUUGUAAAUACUUACUCAUACAAUAUUUGGGGGCUAAAAGCAGCAAAUUACAUUCAAGUUUUACAUUCAUCAUUCGGUCUUGGCUCAUUACUGACACCCUUGUUGACGAAAGGGUUCCUAUUACCGUCAACCAAUGAAACUUUAACCGACGACGAAACUUUUGCAUUAUAUUCACCUGAAGAUGUUAAAGUUCAAUAUGCAUUUCUAGUCAUUUCCAUAGUUCUUUUCAGCUCAUCGCUUGGAUUUUUAUUAUUCUAUUUACGAGCCAGAGCCAAUCGAAAAACGGACGAUUUUGUCAAUAAAGAAAUCGUGAUCAAUAAUGUUUCCGCUCUUUGGAAAAGAGCUCUUUGUAUUGCGAUUGUCGCUCUAGUUGCAAAUUGUUCCUUUGGAUUACAAACUUUAGUCGGUUCGUUGGGACCACCAUUCGCAGUUAAAUCUGAUCUUCAUAUGUCCAAACAAGAUGGAGCUUCGUUGGUCACUGUUUUCUGGUUUUUGUACACAUUUUACCGAUACGUUCACCUUGGUUUACUCAACGUGUUCAAGGAAAGACGAAUCAUGAUCUUUUCUUAUACCUGUGUGAUCAUAAGUGCUUUCGUUAUGGCUCCACACGCGGCUUAUUCUCGUCCAUGUAUUUGGAUUUCAUUCGUUCUUCUCGGGGCUGGAUAUUCACCGACGUUCACAGUUGCAUUAUCCACUUUACAGAGAUACUUCUAUCUCUCUGGUCGAAAUGCUUCUUAUAUCUUUAUCGUUGGAGUUACUGGUGAAUCGAUUCAUCCAUGGAUCUUAACGAAAUUGAUGCAAUCAAGCCAAGUUUAUUUCGUUUACUAUUUGGCCAUCAUGUCGUCGAUUCAGGUUGCUCUUUGCUUCAUCCUGCCAAUAGUUUGUAAUAAAAUAUUCAAACCUGAUGAAAGAAAAGACUUCAGUAGAACUGAAUCAUUCAGAUCAUUUACUAGAUGAACAAUUAAUCUAAUCCAAUCGACAAAUCGAUCUAAACAAGUGCAACUUACCUUAGAUUUUAAUUUAUUAACUGUAAAUGUUUUUCUUUGUAUAAAAAUUUCAUGAUGUUAACCAGAAACUAAAACAUAUUUUGAUUGAAAUUCACUUGUAAACAAUAACAAUCAAAUUUCACGUUAA